CUAAGCCCCGCCCCCUGAGGCGCCUGACGCUGAACCGCAGCUUCUUCUCGUUUCGGCCCCUCGGAGCUCCAUUUUCCUGUUUCCCAGAUAUUCAGGUGCAGAGGAGUGAAGAUUUGGAAAAAUGAAUGAAGACUACGACGUUAUCGUGUUGGGCACCGGACUCACGGAAUGCAUCCUGUCAGGCAUCAAUUCGGUGAAGGGGAAGAAGGUCCUGCACAUGGACCGCAACUCCUACUACGGAGGUGAUAGUGCCUCCAUCACACCUCUGGAAGAACUCUACAAGCGCUUCUCCCUUCCUGGGACACCUCCUGACACCAUGGGAAAAGGCAGGGACUGGAACGUGGACCUCAUCCCCAAAUUCCUGAUGGCCAACGGUCAGCUGGUUAGCAUGCUGCUGAUCACAGAGGUGACCCGCUACCUUGAUUUCAAAGUAGUCGAGGGCAGCUAUGUAUACAAGGCGGGCAAAAUCCACAAAGUCCCAUCGACUGAAACGGAAGCUCUGUCAUCAAGUCUGAUGGGGCUUUUUGAGAAACGUCGCUUUAAAAAUUUCCUCACCUGGGCCAAUAACUAUGACUUGAACAACCCCAAAACCUGGGACGGCCUUGACCCCAACAACUCCAACAUGUUGGAGGUUUACAAAAAGUUCGGAGUAUCCAAAGACACCAUUGACUUCACUGGCCACUCCCUCGCACUCUACCGCACAGAUGAAUACUUAACAAGACCGUGCAUCGAGACGCUAAACAGGGUAAAGCUUUACAGUGAGUCUCUGGCCAGAUAUGGAAAGAGCCCGUACCUCUACCCACUGUACGGCCUCGGGGAGCUGCCACAAGGGUUCGCCAGGCUGAGUGCGAUCUAUGGCGGGACGUAUAUGUUGAACAAGCCCAUAGAGGAGAUCGUGAUAGAGGACGGGAAGGUGGUGGGAGUGAAGUCUGAGGGAGAGAUCGCCAGGUGCAAGCAGCUGAUCUGCGACCCCAGCUAUGCCCUGGAUCGCACCAAGAAAGUGGGUCAAGUGAUCAGAGCCAUCUGCAUCUUGAGUCACCCCAUCAAGGAUACCAAUGACGUCAACUCCUGUCAGAUCAUCUUCCCCCAGAACCAAGUCAACAGGAAGCACGACAUCUACGUUUGUAUGAUCUCCUCCGCUCACAACGUGGCAGCCCAGGGUAAAUACAUCGCCAUCGCCAGCACCACAGUGGAGACGAGCGAUCCCGAAAAUGAGCUCAAGCCGGCCCUGGAUAUGCUGGCGCCUAUUGACCAGAAGCUCAUCAGCAUCAGUGAUCUGUAUGCACCCGUUGAUCUGGGCACUGAGAGCCAGAUUUUCGUCUCUCGCUCCUAUGACGCCACAACUCACUUUGAGACCACCUGCGACGACAUCAAGGACAUCUACAAGAGGAUGACGGGCUCAGACUUUGACUUUUCUCAGAUGGAGCGCACCAAAAAAGACGUCUUCGGUGACUGUGCAGAGUAGAGGCGACACUCGUCAAAGAUGACGCGACCAGCAUCUGAAAUCUUACAAAAAAUAGAAAACCUACAUAAAAAUGUACACACCAAAUGAGCCGGCUAAAGUAUACGGUCGGCUCAUUGUGGAAGUUCAUGAUAUAUAUAGAGAUAUGAUAUAGUAUUGUUGGAUAGGGUUCAGGGAGGGAGCUAUGCUUUACAAGUCAAAUUCAGAUGAUUGUUGCACUAAAAGUGGCGAUGCCUAAUAAACAGCAAUCCCCUUCAUUCUUCUGCUUCAUUAUACAAAACCAUGCAUGCUCCAAAGAUGCCAAAUCAAAAGAUAAUUCAGAAUCAGUAGUAUUUACAGAGUCAGAGUUUUUCAGGGGGAAGUCGAUUUAAAUGUCCGGGUGGGAAACAGUGGCUUGACUUUGUGUGUGUGUGGUUUGAAUUAUGUUGAUGUCUAAAUGUUGUGACUCAACUUUAUUUAGGCCGAGCGUCUGCACCCUCGCUGUAACUUCAUAUCGUUCUUGUGAGAUCACAUUGGUCAAAGGGUGCGAGACCUCAAUACUUUCUUUUUGUCUUUUAACUGUUUCUCUUUUUUUUUGGACUUAUCUCCACACACAAACGGCAGAAGCUAAGCCACAAGCGGCGCCUGUAGUCCAGCAUCAAACCUCCUGAACCUGUUCUCAACAGCUUGUGUUACUUUAACGCAUCAGAGGAGAAUAUUAGUUCCUGUAUUAUGCAUAUUGACGGAUUCGCAGGUUAAUGGGAAUUAUGAUUGACUGUAAUUGCUUAAGAAGGACCAAAUGUGUACUGCAGCAGUAUUGAAUUGAUGAGAGCUCUGUGAUUCUUUGUUUUAAACAAUUAAAAAAACAUCUUGGGCUUCAAUGAUUUCUAUACUGCAAAGUAAAAAAUAACUUUGUCAAAAAUUAAAAAAUUGUGGACUUAUUUUGUUCUUUAUUUUUAUAAUUAUUGAUAGGUUUCAGACAUGCCUGCUGAGGUGAAUUUCUUGUUGGAUAACUGCAAUCACCUCCUCCAGAUCAGUGUGCUGCUUUCUUCUGAACAGCCCCAAUAAACAGCAAUGUCUUUUCAAAGUCCGGAAGCUUAUAAUGAUGUGAUGAUUCUGGGCUAAAAUCAGAGGUAUCUCCUUAUUGCUGAGUCCAAGUAGGAAGUACAAUUUGAUAAGGCUGUAAAGUGGGUCCAUGAUGCUGUGAAAUGGGCAAAGGGCAGCUUGUAAACAAUCUGCAAAUUCUAAGUUUUCUUGUCAAUGUAUGACUUAAUAAACUAAAAAUUUUUAA